AUGGUUAGAGUAGCAGCAGGUCGCGGAAAGAGUGGUAAAGGUUUAGGUAAAGGAGGAAAGGUUUCCACACAACGACACAGAAAUAUCAAAGGAAUUACCAAACCGGAUAUUAGACGUCUCGCACGUCGAGGAGGGGUUAAAAGGAUUUCCGCACAAAUAUAUGAUAACGCUCGUAAUGCUUUAAAAGAUUUCUUAACCGAUACUCUUAAGGAUGUAAUAGCCUAUGUAGAAUAUGAAAGAAAAAAGACCAUAGGCGUAAUGGAAAUAUUAUUGGCUUUGAAACGUAGAGGUCAAACACUUUAUGGGUUUGAAGGUCAGCCGCCACUAUGUCUUUCAACUAUUGGAGCUGGUAUUUUCAAACUUACUGUUGAAGAUGAAAAAAGAAUUUUAAAGAGAUGGAAAACAUUAUUUGCAGCGCAUAAACCAUUGAAAACGAAUGAUAUAGAAGAAACACUAAAUUCUAAUGAAGCGGAUGAUAAAGAUGAUAUGAAAAUAUCAAAUUCUAAUGAAUAUCACCGAACCAAAAAAACAUCAAAUUCGCUUAAUAUAUAUCACCGAAUCGAAGAAAGAUUGAGACUAAUAGCAUUAGUCAUUGACCUCAUAGCAAUGGCAGCGGGUUCAGUUCUUCACAAUGGAUGUAAUGAUAUUGAUGCAGAUAAAGGAUCUAACAAAGAAUCUGAUAAAGAUCUGGAAAAAUAUUUUGGUGGCUAUGGCACUAAUAAUGUCAAUGGAGAUGAUCGAAAUUAUGAAUCUGAUAAAGAUUAUGAAUAUGAAGCAAGAUCCAAUGAAGAUGGUGAAUGUGAAGAAUAUUUUGAAAUGAUGAGUUUUGAAAGUAAUAAAAAUAAUGAAUGUGAAAUUUUUGAAUAUAUUGAUCUUAAUUCCAGGAGAAAUCUUGAAAAAUUACUUGAGAAUGAAGUAUAUUAUGUUGAAAUUUUACAACCUAACUAUUAA